ACCCUGUCACUAGUCCCAGUACUGUACAAACCGGUCGUGGUGACGCAUCCCAGUAAGGAAAUCACCGCGUUUAGGAAACAGUUUUACGAAUCAAGACUUUAACAAUAGCCAGUGGAAAUUUUGCGGGCUUAUCUUGGCGUCCUUUUAGUCAGACUAGAAGAAAAACUUUGCAUCUACUUCAGCUGGCAUUCUUUUUUUUUUCCCUGCCCCACGGAAUACCACUCUAUUGUUUAGGAAAGUGGUUCGAACUUGAAUCGAGCGUGUCUUUUUGCCAUGGCGGAGCACACGCGUGGGCAGUAAAAGUUUAGCUUCUUCCGGAGAGCACCUGACAUUCGUCCACUCCCUCCUGCCUGGGCUCCACGAACACGCCGACAUGACCCUCGGUGCUGUGACCGACUCUGGGAGCUCGUCGGCGGUCAGCUUCUGCUCGUGUUGCGGGGCCAAAAUGGUGCCGUACUUCAGCGACGACGCGGUGGUGUCAAAUAAUGAAAUCAACCAACUUAUCAGCGAGAGCUUCCUCACAGUAAAAGGUGCAGCUCUUUUUCUCCCAAGAGGAAAUAGUCCCACGCCAAACUCUGCACCUCAUAUCAGCCAGCGCUGGAACAAGCACACAGGGGAUCUCCAGAAACAUCUUCAGACUAUGUUCACUGUGCUGCGGCCGGAGGACACAAUCCGACUGGCUGUGCGUCUGGAGAGUUCCUAUGAUCAGGUAACCCGCUACUUGGUGGUGGUCUCCACCAACGGCAGACAGGACACAGAGGAAUCCAUCGUUCUUGGCAUGGACUUCUAUUCCUCUGACAGCUGCUGUACCGUGGGCUUGGUUCUACCUCUAUGGAGUGACACGAUGAUCCACUUGGACGGAGAUGGAGGUUUCAGCGUGUCAACUGUGAAUCGAGUUCAUGUUUUCAAGCCAGUCUCAGUCCAGGCAAUGUGGUCGGCUCUUCAGUCACUCCACAAAGCGUGUGACAUUGCCCGCUGCCACAAUUACUACCCGGGCAGCCUGUUCUUGACAUGGGUCAGCUAUUAUCAGAGCAGGAUCUCCUCCAACCAGUUCUGCAUCAACGAGUGGAACGCCAUGCAGGAUGUUGAGUCCCACCGUGCCAAUUCACCUGUUCUCUUCACAGAUUUGCCCACAGAAAGGGAGCGCACAGAGCGACUGAUCAAGAUGCGCCUCCGAGAGAUCAUGAUGCAAAAGGACUUGGAGAAUGUUACCAGCAAGGAGAUCCGCACAGAGCUGGAGAUGCAGAUGGCGUGCAACUUGAGGGAGUUUAAGGAGUUCAUUGACAACGAGAUGAUCGUCAUCCUCGGGCAAAUGGAUAGCCCCACGGAGAUCUUUGAACACGUUUACCUGGGCUCUGAGUGGAACGCUUCCAACCUGGAGGAGCUACAGAACAGCGGCGUCCGUUACAUCUUGAAUGUAACGAGAGAAAUAGACAACUUCUUCCCGGGCAUGUUUGAGUACCACAACAUCAGGGUGUACGACGAAGAGGCCACCAACCUGCUGGAGUACUGGAACGAAACCUACAAGUUCAUUACCAAAGCCAAGAAAGCCGGUGCCAAGUGUCUGGUUCACUGCAAGAUGGGCGUGAGCCGCUCGGCCUCGACGGUCAUCGCUUACGCGAUGAAGGAGUACGGCUGGUCGCUGGACGACGCCUUUGAGUAUGUGAAGGAGAGACGAGCCGUCACCAAGCCGAACCCCUCCUUCAUGAAGCAGCUGGAAGAAUAUCAGGGAAUUCUGCUCGCCAGCAAACAGCGGCAUAAUAAACUAUGGCGCUCCCACUCCGAAAGUGACCUAUCAGAUCGCCCUGAACAAAUGUGUAAAUCCUCAUCUCACUCCCUGGGACGCUCCGACUCCCAGAGCAACAAUAAUAAUUCCUCCCCUGCCUUGCAUCACUUCCUGGGCGUGGCCGUGCUCCAAGCUCUAGUUUCUGAACCUGACGACGUAGCUAAAUCAACCUCGAACCUCCGCACGCAAUGCAACGAUGCACGCGACUCACCAAUUGAGGAGCCGCUCAAAACCGAGUGUGACGACACGCCCUCGCCGCGACCGCACGCAGCCGUGCUCGUCCCAGAGGAAAAAGUCGCCACCGCUGAGAACCCGCUCAUUACGGUACCUGCUAUCAUUCCUCCACCCUCGCUCCUCAUCCUCCCCCCAACUCCUGAAGUCCAGCGGGCUCACAAGGGUCACGCGACACCACCAGCUAGCGCGGAGAGCAAACCAGUGGAACUGUUUCUUCACUUCCCUGAGCAAAGCAGCUCCGAGGACUUUUCCCCCGUCACCGUCAUGUCGUCAGACACCUCGGAAAAGACGCCAUCCGAUUCGACGAGUGAGAAAUGCAGCCCGGUCAGCGACGCCCCUGUCCCCACGCCGCUUUCCUCAACUGGGCGUAGCGAUGACAACAACAACCCCAGCGAGUUUCCAGACGAUGCGGAUGACCGCGGCGAAGCGGACGGCUCGUCCAACCACAGCUCACAAAGCAUCGACUUCUUCAGCGCCAGGGAGAAGUUUCUGGGCUUAGCCCAGGAGGACAGAACGCAGCAACCUUCUGAGCAAAGGUCGCCCUCCCUCGACCCCAAUGACAACAGAGCGACUGAGGAAGAUGAAGCGAGUGAAGACGGGACAAGUCAGUCCGAGGUUAGCGAUGACAAGCUCAGCCCUGACAGCUUUGAUCAGCCUCACCACGACAACGGAAUAUCAGUCCGCCAUAUUGUCACUGAGAUCGAAGCCAUAUGCCACCCAACUACUUCCUUAACUCCUUCCACCCCCUCCACACCGUCGUCCUUCUCUCCACCCUUGCACGGACCUCCGCUCGUUCGGGAGGAUCCUCCGGAAGGGGCGGAGCCAGAAGUCCCGCCGUGCCCGCCGUCCCCCUCGACGCCGCCGUGCGACCUGCCGGCCGGCUCCGUGCGGCGGGCCACCGAACAGUUGGAGCAGAAGUUGAGGCAAGAAAUGGAGAUGGUGGCCGCGCAGCGUUCCCCACUGCCCUCUCCAUGCAGUGAGCACCCCCCUGUCCGAACAUUCGAACUUCCAAGCCGCUCCAAGGGUGAGACCGUUGGUGAGCAACUGAACGACUCAGAAACAGCCAACCUCCGAAACACUUCAAUCAGCCACACGUUUGGUGCUCUUCUACAUCCUCAAAGCCAUAUGACAUAUGAUACUCCAACAGUAGACUCAUCUCGACAUACCUCAGCCCAAACCCAAAAAGACAAUGAGCUCCAAAUGACUCUGGAUGGGGUCACAAUCCAGGAGUCCAACCCUGACGAGAACCUGGACUCCCUCAGUGUGGGAGGGAGUUGCGGUUCCGACUGCGCCGCUCAGAAGCGUCUGUCUCGUGGCAGCCAGGAACUGGAGAGGAUUCGCCAGACUUUGAGAGAACUUCAGGCGUUCCUCCAUGAAGGCGGCGGCCUGGAGAGGCCGGACACGGGGCAACCUCUCUUCAUGGAAGCGGAGCCCCCUCCCGGCUCAGAUGCAGCGCAGCGACUCAAACAAGAUGGGAAGAGUCUCCUCGAGCCAGCCGGAUGGCACCGAGCUGUCGAACUGGAGGCUCGCAUCCGCCAGGCGGGCCUCACCCCGCCUUCGCUCAUGAAGAGGUCAGCUUCCUUGGCUAAACUGGACUGCCUGGAAUUGUCACCUAAUGACCUCAGCGACCUCGACCUGAGGCAGCACGCCCGGACAACGGCGGCGGUGGCGGCGCACUCCCACUGCGCUUUCCCCACGUCGCCAUCUCAUUCGGAUGACACGUGGAAGAAGCAGAAAGUUCUCGCCACAAACAAUCUUCCCGAAAAGACACGUUUACCCGGUGAAGAGCCCUCCCCUUCCCGCUCCCCUGAGAGGAGCGAGCGGGAAGAGGCGGAGGGCUGCGGCUCGACGUCGUCGUCGUCGCGGCAACCGGUGAGGGCUUACUCUUCUAGACGUUCGCGGAAAGCCAGUGAGAGGAAGCAGCGUGCCGCCGCUGCCCCCGCACUGCUGUACAACACCAUGUGACCUCACCAGUGCACCAUGUGACUUCACUGGAACGCACGCAAGUGGACUCAGCACCGAGUGUGCCAAUGGAACGUGUAGCAAGUGUGUUUGCAAUCACAUGACAACUGCGUGUGUGAGGAGUCGUUAGUGACGUGAUUCGAUGGAAAGCCGUUUAAUCAUUUAUUCGAUAUCUUAACCCAUCCGUGUGCUCGGGCCUCUAGUAUGAGGGGCGGGUCAUUUUCAGAAGGACAUGCUUAUUCUACUGUUGCACGCUAUUUUUGUUUUUCAAUAGUGCGGACAGAUUGAUGGGGACAACCUUAAACUGGAUUUAUAUAGAUGAUUGAAUAAAAGCUUUUACGGCUUUCCAUUGAAGUCAAGAUGACCUGACACGCACUCGAAAUGCUCAAGAUACUGAAAUGCUCUCACACAUUGCACUGAAAUGCUCAUAUAUACUGAAAUACAUGUUUUUGUACUGUUUGUGAGAACAUUUCAGUAGUGUGUGUUUAUGAGGUAUCCUUGAAGUUCUGUUUCUAACAGCCCCUAAUGUCAACUACUGGAUGUGUUUAAACUGGACUGACGACCUUUUUUUAUGUCCAGUGUGUGCAUGUGUGACUUUCAUUGCAAAGUGUAUAAACUCCAACAAGAGGGCUUCUUCUCAAAACAUGCACUUUACUGUUUUGAUUAUCAUUUUCUCUCAUUUCUUAUUCUACAAGAAUGUUUUGCACUGUCAAUGGAGACUCGAUAGUCUCGUCAUGUUUUGUUUUUCCACAAAUGGACAAAUGUUUUUAAAAUCAUGUUUUAAUUCAACCAGGGCAAAACUGAAUAUGUUUAAGACUUUACUUUGUUUUUUUGUUUUUUUUAUUCAGCGCUUUAGCAGUAAAUAAAUACAGUUGGCUUUUGA